GUCGGAUCAGGCGCAGCUGCCACGUAGAUCCGAUCCAACGGACGAGAUGCGCCAAGUCAGGAGACUGCUAGCCUUCUUCCCCGCCUCGCCUCUUGCAUUUAUACUCCGCCCUCGCUUCGCAAUAACUCGCAAGAGCAACGGAAUUGCGGAGAGGCGAGGACUUGAUCUCUCCUCCCACUCUCUCCUCUGCUUUCCUCUGUUCCAAGUCAGCCAUGAUUAACCCACCAGUACUGACAUACACCCCACCAGUAACAGCGAAGGUCAGCGAUGCAGGGGAGAAUGACAGGGUUAAGUAUGCAUCAUCAACUAUGCAAGGAGCGCGCCCGAGCAUGGAAGAUGCUCUUGCAGUUGAACUAGAUCUGGAUGAGACGACAUCAUUCUUCGGUGUUUAUGAUGGCCAUGGAGGAGCUAAAGUAGCAAUGUACUGUGCAAAACAAUUUCAUAAUAUGCUUCUUAGGGACGAAGACUUUCUCAACAAUCUGCCCAAAGCAAUUAAAUCAGUGUGCUCCAGACUUGAUGAUGAUUUGCGACGAUCAAAUGCAUGGAGUGUGUCACUUAAUCCCCAUGGUAGUUUUAAUUGCUUCCAGUUCCUCAAUACUGGCGUUUUUGCUAGUCUCUGGCGUGCCAUGGAGGGAACUUACGUUCCACCAUUACAUGAAGGAAGCACAGCAUGUGUGGUAACCAUUAGAGGAAAUCAGAUCAUUGUAGGAAAUGUUGGCGAUUCUCGUUGCGUGCUUUCAAGGAAUGGUCAGGCAAUUGCUUUAUCCAUUGAUCACAAACCAACCAUUCCAAAUGAAUGUGAAAGAAUUCUAAGAGCAGGAGGACAAUUACUGAGACCAGAUCGGGUGGAAACGGGUCCGAGUUAUGUCCAAGGAAUGUUAGCCAUGUCUAGAGCGAUUGGUGAUUUUGCACUUAAGCAGAACAGGAAUAUGCUUCCUUCUCAGCAAAUGGUGACAUGUAUUCCUGACAUUCGCGGUGCAAACAUAACUGAUGAUACUGAAUUUCUUGUCAUAGCAAGUGAUGGCGUCUGGGAUCACAUGUCAAACAAGCAGGUGGUUAGUUUUGUGCGUCAGAAAUUACGUUCGGGGAGGAACAGUCUUGGCAAGAUUUGUGAGAUGCUUCUUGAUCGUUGCUUGCCACCGAGGGACAACGCGACUGUCAUACUGGUUCAGUUCAAGCACAUUGCGCAGGAGUCCAAUGAAGUUGCCGAUGCCAUAAGCACUGACGAGCAACUCAACGUCGACAACCCCAUAAGCACUGACGAGCAACUCAACGUCGACAACCCCAUAAGCACUGAUGAUCAAUCACUGGCACUCCUAUUUGGUCCACCUUAGUUCUCGCAAGAAUCUUAGCUAGCUGCAGGGAGUUUUGAUGUUAGAUCAGGAAAAGAAAGUCCCAGACAGUCCUAUUUUUACCCUUUAUUUUUCUGUCCAAGGCAACGUUGACGGGAAGCCACUAGUACGUAGGAUGAUGCCAUCAGUCCAUUACCAUAGGAGAGUACGUUUAUGUUUUUUUUUUCCUGAGUCAGUUGGGAUUCGUUUCACGCACCUUUAUCGUUUUGCUUCUCUGGACUCCCGAGUCCCGAUGAUUACUACUUAAUUCGUAA